AUGGUACACCCCAAUGUUUUCCCAAAACUAGUUGUUUCUAUGAAUGUCCAAGGUGUUGUUGUGAAGAUGGUAGAUGUUGGGAACCAAUUUAAAAAUGAAAAAGAGUUUGAAUCUCGUGAUCAGAUGCUAAAAUGGAUUCAUAUGGAGGCCUCUAAACUUGAAUUUGUUGUGGUUAUUGGAAGGUACGAUAAUGGUUCGGAUAGAAGAUACGCUUUUGUGACAAUGACGUGCGAAGGAAGCGGGAAAUAUAGAACUCCAAUAUGGAUUUUUAAAAGAGACAACAUUGGUUCAAGAAAAUGUGAUUUUCCGUUUAAGAUGUGUGGUUACAUGUUGUCAAAUAAAAAUUGGAGAUUUAAUGUCAUAUGCGAUUUGUAUAACCAUGAUUUGUGUAAAAAAUUAGCCGGUCAUCCUAGUGUGUGUUGGCUCAUGCCGAAAGAGAAGGAAUGUGUUGCUGAUAUGACAUUUCAUUUGGUUCAACCGUUAAAUAUACUUGCAACAUUGAAAUGA